ACAGGUACACAAUUCCGAAUAGAUCGAUUGGUUAAGCUUAUGUUUGGUGUCAGCUGAGUUGACCCGAUUCUGAAAAAGGCGCGCCCGGCGGAUAGACUUAACCGAUUACGCUUAUAACCUACCUGUGAUCGUGCGCAUGUCAUUGGCUACCUGUUUAAUUUGAAGACCGGGUGCACAUUUUUCAUUCAAACAUCGGGAGACACCAACUCAUACGACGUUUUAAGUCAGGGUAGAGGAAGAAAAAGCGCAUCAAGUUAUCAGUACGCCGGGAGGACUGACGGUUAUCUGCGGAGGCGGGAGAAAGUGUACCUUAGCCCACUCAAACACUUCACAUUUUAUACCUUGACUCAUACUGUUGCUACUAGGCAGCGUGCAACAUUGAGGGUGCUUUAAGGGAUAACGAACAAACGCCCAAAAUGGCGGAUUGGGGAACAGUGAACCAGGCUAUGACAAUCGAGGACGAGACGACGGGGGACUCAAGGACAAAACCUACCGAGAAUAAAGGUGACAAACCCCAGAGUGGUGUUGGGGCUACUCCUGCGCAGUCGACGACCAGUGUCCCCGCACAAGGAAACGAGGGGACCCAACAGAGGGAGUUAAAGCCUCUGUUUUCUUUUGAAUUCAACGAUGAAUAUCUUUUCUUCCCGCCUGGGAUUUUAAAAAUCAUUCAACUGGUAUUUGGUAUCAUCUGUAUAGGCUGUAGCGGUAUGGCAAUGGGCGGCGGGGCGCAGGCCUUCCUCUCGGUGGCAAUCAUAGUCUUCUUCGAAGGUCUUUUAACAUUCAUCAUCAUAGUCAGCAGGAAGGACAGAAUAAUGGAAUAUAUAUUUAAAUUUGACAUCAUCUUCUCUAUCGUAGCGUCUUUAGCGUAUCUCGUCGUUUCCUGUCUAUUAGCUGCUACUUCGGGUGGAUGGCCGGCAUACAUCGCUGCCGUGGUGUUUGGUUUUCUGAACACGUUAGCUCUAGGUAGCUCCAUCGUAUUCCUCAUCAUGUUCUGUCUACCUGGACCUAAAUGAAAAAGGACAAGGAAGGAGACAAGAAAAGAGAAACGUUAUAGAAUCUCCCUGGGGUUACCCAGCAUGAAUGCAUCCAUGAAAAUGGACAAACGACAAGCUGUUUGGAGACCAGUUGUGUUAAAUGAAUGUGGUUGUUUAUAGUCAAAGGAAACCAACCGAAAUACCUUUGCACGCACGCAUGCGACUGACAUUUAAGAUAAAGACAAAAAAAAA